AUGUUUGCGACCAAAGCAGGCGGUAUGUCUAGCCCUGAGGGACGACGAGUGCUCUGGAGAGGGCCACUCUUUGGGCGCCUUUCCAAGGCAGGCCAGGACUUUUUGAUCCGAGAGGGUGGUUGGGAGAAUCUGGAAGCUGCAUCGAAGGAGAGCUCGGGAGAACGAAUCCAGUUCAUUUGGCCCAACAAAACCGGCCCUCAAUUCGAGAUGGACGACGACCAGGCAGCUCAUAUUCGUCCCUAUCCCAAGGUUGCAACGGAUAUUGUAGAUGACAAGUUGCAGCUGGCAGAACUGCUGAAAAUGCACGCCAGUGAGAUUGCUCCUCCAACCAUUACAUCUCCCGACAGUAGUCAGAAAGGAAAGCUAUACUUUGUCAAACAUAGGUUUGGAGCUCAAGGGAAAAGUGUAUAUGUGUACAAUAGGAUUCAAUUGGAAGAAUGGUGGCAAAGAUCCAAAAAUCCACAGGACUUCGUCAUCCAACAAGAAGUGCCUCCUGCAUUGGAUGAGCAAGGACGCAAGUUCGUCUUGCGAGCUCACAUUUUGAUGCUACAAUCCAGCGAUAAACCUGUACGCGCGUUUCUCCACAAGGAUAUCAUCUGCCUGCCCCAUGCAUCGCCGUAUGCCAAAGAAGAUUGUAGCCAUGCGAACACCCCAAAGUCUGCCUACAUAAGUCAGGCUGGCAAAAAGCAUCCUCCGCCUUUCUUGCUCCAAGACAUCAGUUCGCCCAAUCAUCCAGCUGCAGGUUUGUGGCCAAACAUCCGCAGGUGCACCGAAAAGCUCGUAUCAGCAGGUUGCUGCCUAAAAGAUAGCCCGUUCCAACAGCCAGUGGCACAGGCAACAACCUGCUUUGCUUUGCUGGGUGCGGAUCUACUCGUGUCGAGCGAGGGUCAGGUAAUCGUCUGCGAAGUCAACUCUCAUCCAGCUUUGGGAUGGGGAACAAUGUCCCAGGUGCCAGCUGCUGUCUUUCGAGGGUUGAUUGAGGAUUCUCUUUCCAUCAUCGUGUUCGACAAGAUGAAGGAAGGCAACAAAUUUGAAUCGUUGAAGAUCCACGAUCAUGCACCGUAA